AUGUUCACGGAAGCUGCCUCCAAGGGUGAUAUAGAGAACUACAAGCACAGAGUUCAAGAGAGCGGUGGCUCGAUUAAAUACCAUUAUGAUAUCAUUAAAGGAAUAGCCAUAACAAUGCCUGAUGAUCAUGUACAGUCCUUUGCCAAUGAUCCAAUCGUUAGCACUAUGGAUGCUUCAAUAUAUAGCGAGCAGAUAACCUACACGAAUAAGCGAGCUUUAGUUCUGAUGACGUCGUACUUCUGGGAAUUUGUCAUCCUCUCCCUUCCACCAUUGCACAAUCAACAUAACUUCGAGUUCACGGUUAGAAUGGAUACAGUAAACUUGAACGAGCCGCAUCCUCCGACCGAGAGAGCAUUGGAGGCAUUCAACCAAGUUCUCCCCAAGAUUAAACUAGCCAUUAUCAGUUCGAGGCGCGACUGGGAUAAGCACGAGCCUCGGAUGUGGGCCAGAGCAAACCACCUCAGGGACGAGGAAUUGACGAGCUUCGUUAUCGAGAAUGACCUAGUUGAGGUCCGUGCCGGCGCUACUUCGUAUGGCACAAUAGUAUUUGGCAAGAUCAGAAUACCAGGGAUUGAGGAUGAAGAGGGACAAGGGUUUAUACAUGUCAGCUCCCGCUGGGCAGGAUUCAUGACCCCCCGAACAAGGUAUGUCACCAAUAGCGCUAGCGGAUCUUCGCUCAGUGUGUUCCAGGGUACUGAAGAUGUUAUAUUUCACUCCUUGUUCACUGACGAAGGAAAUCCUGAUGGUAGCGGUCGCCCAACAACGUUCCGCGCUAUUCAGACUCAGGAGACACCACUGGAGUUCUUCAACGAGUAG